AUGUCGGGCGUACGCCUAUCCCCGGGCUCUCCGGGCGUAGAGCGGGUGUCUCGGGCUCCGGGCUCGCCCCGCCCCCUCGCCCGCCGCUGUCUCUUCGGCCCUGUGGACGGGCAGAGUCUGGCCCGGGAGGCGGCCCGGUACCGGGCGAAGAUGGAGGAGGAGAGCCGCGCCCGAUGGAACUUCGACUUCAGCACCGACCGCCCGCUGGACGGCGCCCUGCAGUGGGUGGAGGCGGGGCCGGACACGCCCGAAUUCUACCGCCGCCCGGUGCACCGCAAACCGACCAACAAGAGGAGCGGUCCGGGUGAGGGGACCGCACUACAGACCGCUCAGUGUAUGGGGACCACACUCUACAGACCCACUCAGUGUAUGGGGACCGCACUACAGACCGCUCGGUGUAUGGGGACCGCUCUACAGACCGCUCGGUGUAUGGGGACCCGCUCACAGACCGCCGGUGUAUGGGGACCGCGCUACAGACCGCUCGGUGUAUGGGGACCGCGCUACAGACCGCUCGGUGUAUGGGGACCGCGCUACAGACCGCUCGGUGUAUGA